GAAGGAUUAAAAAAAAAAAAUGUAAUUUAUAAUCAACUCAAAUCUUUUUCAUUCUUGUGUACCCAAAAUUUUGUGGAUUCUUUUUUUUUCCCCUUUAAAAAAAAUAAAAGCGCCCCUUUUUUAUUUCUUUUUUCUCUUUUCCAAACAUCGAGCAGAGACAAAGACAGAGAGACGAGAGAAAAUCAGAAAAAAAAAAGAGAUAUAAUCUGAUUUGAUAUACUAUUUAUUUAUUUACAUAAUCAAAUGUCUUCAACAAGCCUAUUUAAUCCUCGUUCAAUCGAAUCUGCUAAAAACGCAAUCAAUUCGUUCGUCACACAAGCCCUUCAUUCACCACCUUCUACAACUGCCAUUGUUUGCUCUGCUAUCGUUGGUUUAUUUGCUUACGAACAAUAUGUCUACCUGAGAAAGAAAAAAUCUUUACCUGGUCCUUCCUUUAAAAUCCCUAUCAUCGGCGCCUUCUUGGACUCUCUCUAUCCUACCUUUGAAGGCUAUAUGAGCAAGUGGAAGAGUGGCGAACUAUCUUGUGUGAGUGUAUUUGAUAGGUUCGUUGUUAUCGCUUCAACUUGUGAACUCAGUCGAAAGAUCCUGAACGCGCCCGCCUAUGCGGAGCCUGCUGUUGUGGAUUCAAUGAAGCAUAUCUUAUGUGCUGACAAUUGGGUAUUCUUGAGUGGAAAAGCACACGUUGACUAUAGAAAGGGCCUCAACGUUCUCUUUACACGCAAGGCGCUUGGUAUCUAUAUUCCCAUUCAGGAAAAAGUCUAUCAAAAGCAUUUUACCGAGUGGCUUUCGCUGAACGGUAAAUCUGAACAGUACCAACUACGCUUCCGUGAAAUCAACAUGGAAGCCUCUCUCCGUGUCUUUUUGGGCGAUUACAUGUCUGAUGAGAUAGCCACUCGUAUCUCUGAAGAAUACUUUAAUAUCACAGCUGCUUUAGAGCUUGUCAAUUUCCCCAUUCCUUUGCCAGGCACCAAGGUGUAUAAGGCCAUUCAGUCUCGCAAGUUCAUUGUCCAACAAUUCAUCGAAUGCAUCAAGGACAGUCGUGUCCGUAUGGCCAAGGGUGAGCCUGUCAAAUCCAUGAUGGACGCAUGGAUCAACUCCAUGGCCGAGUACGAAGUAGAAUGCGAAAAGGCUGGAAAGCCUGCACCAAGAAAGUUUGAUGACCGUGAAGUUGCCUUGACCAUCUUGACUUUCCUCUUUGCCUCUCAAGAUGCUACUUCCUCUGCUCUCACCUGGGCCUUCCAAUUGUUAGCUGAUCAUCCUGAUGUUUUGGAAAAGGUCUAUCAAGAACAAAUGAAGUUGAGAAAUGGAAAUGUUGAUCAAGAAUUAACGUUGGAAUUGAUGGAAGAAUCAACCUAUUUGCGUCAGGUUGUCAAAGAAAUCCUUCGUCUUCGUCCUCCUGUCUUGAUGGUUCCUUAUCAAACCGUCCGUGAUUGGCCCAUUACUCCUAACUACACCAUUCCCAAGAAAUCCAUGGUUAUCCCUACUACCUACCCUGCCCUUCAUGAUCCCGCUGUUUAUCCUAAUCCUGACGCUUUCGAUCCCGAUCGUUGGGGCCCACAAGGAACUGCGGAAAAGCAUCCCAAGAAUUUCAUGGUGUUUGGCAACGGUCCUCACCACUGUUUGGGAAGAGAAUACGCCAUGAUGCACUUGAUGGCUGUCAUUGCUCAAGCAACUCUUAAAAUGGAAUGGACUCACACACGCACAGAGAAGAGUGAUGAUAUAUCUAUUUUUGCUACUAUUUAUCCUCAAGAUGGUUGCAUCAUGAGCUUCAGACCUAGAACUUACACUAAUGAUACUAAUACUACAGUUAUUGCUUAAUUCCAUUUUUUAUUAAAGUAUAUUAUUUUCCUAAUCAUUGACGUUCUUUCUCUUGUUGCUUCUUUUCUAAUGAUGCUUUCAGCGCCUUGAGUUGUUCAAGUUCCUUCUUUCGAGCAUAUUCAUUCUCGGAAGCCUUUCCUUUUAAAUCAAGCUUUGACAAAUUAGCGUCAGUGUGGUUCAUUUGAACGAAUGUACUAGAAUAAAAAAGAAAGGGUUCC